CACCGGCCCGAUGGUUAUUUUAUACGUCUCGCGCGACUCACGAGUCAUGAGGCUCGUUUUCUUUUGGGAUUUUUUUUUUUCGUAAUUGCGUUGGAAGCCCCCGGUUCAGUCAACUCUCCUCGCCCGACAGCACGGCCGUGGAAUCAGCUGACCAAGCAGAGAAAGGAGAGCGCGCAGGCGGCCGCGCCGCCGCCCAUGGCAUCGCCACCACGGAUGGCCAGCGCUCGCUCCCCCAAGAUCCCAGAGUUUCCAGCGGGCCCUGCCGGGCGGCCGGUGCCGGCGGUGGGGCUCGGCACGGCAUCGUUCCCGCUCGUGGAGGAAGAUGUCAGGGCCGCCGUCCUCGCCGCGCUGGAGCUCGGCUACCGCCACCUCGACACCGCUUCGCUCUACCGCUCCGAGCGGGCCGUCGGCGAGGCCGUGGCCGAGGCGGCGCGCCGCGGUGUCGUGGCGUCCAGGGAGGAGGUGUUCGUGACGACCAAGGUGUGGUGCACGCAGUGCCACCCGGAGCUCGUGCUCCCUUCCCUCAGGGAGAGUUUGCAGAACCUUCAAAUGGAAUAUGUGGAUUUGUACCUGGUCCAUUGGCCCAUGGCUGUAAAACCAAGCAAGCCCCACUUCCCAAUGAAGAGGGAGGACAUGGUGCCGAUGGACCUGGGCGGCGUCUGGCAGGCAAUGGAGGAAUGCCGUCGCCUGGGCCUUGCUAAGAUGAUCGGCGUUAGCAAUUUCACGACAAGGAAGCUCAAGGAGCUGCUUGCAACCGCAAAUGUUCCCCCAGCAGUGAAUCAGGUCGAAUUAAAUCCAUCUUGGCAACAGCGCAAACUAAUUGAGUUCUGCAAAGAUAAGGGUAUUCAUGUGACUGCUUAUUCUCCCUUGGGAGGCCAAUUUAGAUCCAAAGUACUACCGUCUAAGGUUCUAGAUGGGAUUGCGAAGGCUAGAGGGAAGUCGGUGGCUCAGAUUUCGCUGAGGUGGAUCUACGAGCAAGGCGCAAGCAUGGUGGUGAAGAGCUGGAAACAGGAGAGGCUCAAGGAGAACACCGAGAUCUUCGACUGGGAACUCAGCGACGAGGACCGGCUGAAGAUAAGUCAGAUGCCACAGCACAAAAUGGCCAGAGUGACGGGAAUCCUCUGCCCCGAAGGCGUCUCCAGCGUGGAUAUCACCGAGGUCGAUGUCGUUGAAAUGUAACCGGCAUCUCCAUGCAUUUGCAAUGGGCUAGAUAUUUGGUGGCUCGAGCAUGCAUGAGGAGUGACACUGGGAAUUUCUGGAUGCCGGCCAUACGCUCAACAUUGAUUCCUCACACCUGCAGCUCGGAGACGCAUAUAGGAUUUAGAGUUUAUAUAUAAAGAUACUAUACUAUAAAGUGGUCUAAACUAAAAAGAAUAUACUAGAGUUUCUUAAUCAAUAAAUACUGUUACAACAACUGUUGCUGUAAGAAUUUCUGGAGCUAGCAGUGACCGGCCCUAAAGCAUAUUGGAGCUGUGUGUAUUGUACGUUUGGGUACGGUGCUGCAACUGAAACGUCGUCCCUAAAGUGUAAAUCAUUGGAGUUGUGUGUAUUUGUCAAUUCUUAGCUUGCCUUCUAUCA